AUGAUCCUUCUCUGGUCUCUGCUCAGCUUCUCCGUGACACUGACGGUCACCUGGACUCUUGAGUGCUACAGUUUUCAACGUUUCUAUACUGGUCCUUUCGACCUCUCUGGCCUCCGGCUGCCCACUGUGACCUGUCGCCCAGGCCAAGAGGCCUGCCUGGAGGCAGUGACUUCCUUGAGUACAGGUUACAGAAACUCACUAACCGUGGUGAAAAAGGGCUGCUCUUAUGGGCCAGGCUCGGGGGAGAUGUCCUCAGGGGGAGACUCACUGCCCCCUGACUACACCAUGGUACGACAAUGCCAGGAGAACUUGUGCAACCACCAGAUCGAGAGCCACAACAGCAUCCCCAACCUCAGCCCAGUGCCAGAUCCCCCUGAGCUCAGUGGCACUGAAUGCUGGGCCUGUGUCAGUACCACUGCUGAGGGCUGUGAACUCUACAACGCCCACAAGGUCAAGUGUCAUGAGGGCCAGAGUGUUUGCUACGAGGGUCAAGGCUUCCUGACCAUUGACAAUUUCAACAACUCUGUCUACAUAAGGACAUGCCACGAGCCCACAUGCACUUUUACUGGGGCUGCCACUCACUGGUCAGACAACUAUCUCAAAGGGAGCUGCUGUAAGGGGAAUCUCUGUAACAGCGUCUCCAACAUCCCCAAAGCCCCAUCGGCCAAUAUUGCUAAAUCCGAUGCACCUUCGAUCCUGGCCCUGGCCCUGGCCCUGCCCCUGCUCCCAACCAUUCCCUUACUGUUAGGGGUCUGA